AGGACCACCUAUCUGACCACUGUUCUCUGCCUUUGUUGCUAUAACCAGUUCCUUGUACUUUGGAAGAAGCAAGGGGAAGCUUUAAGAUGCAUGAUACAAAGAUGGUGGGCAGAGCAACCUUUCUUGUUUUCAUGGCGUUUGCUUUUGUUCCUAGCCUUGCUACGGUUUAUGACGUUGGGGGGUCUGGAGGUUGGGACCUUGAUGUCAAUUACACCACUUGGGCUUCUACAGAGAGUUUAUUUGUUGGUGACGAGCUCCGUUUUAAGUACAACGCAUCGAAACAUAAUGUAGAGGUUGUCAAUCGAGAAGAUUAUGAUGCAUGCACAAAUAAGAGCGUAAUUAGCAGCUUUAAGAAUGGUGACACACUCGUUACUCUUAACACUACGGGCUUACACUACUUCUUGUGCUCGAUUGAGCGCCAUUGUGCAAAUGGGUUGAAGCUGGAGGUCAAGGUCUCUUCCCAAACCAUAGCACCCUUUGGUGCGCCGACAUCGACACCAGUUCCGCCUUCUCAUAGUAGUACUACUGCUUUGUUUCCUCGCUUCAAUGCCCGUGUGCUUGGGGCCAUGGCACUCGGUCUUUUCGCAUCACUUGCAACAUGAAUCAGUCUCUCUCACACACACAUGCACGCUUUCUACAUGCGCAGGGAAGAGGCAGUGCGAUUUCUUUCUCUCUCUCUUUAGGCUCGUCUGUCUGUGUUGCUUGUUUUCAUUGUAUGGAAUUCUAAUUCCUGUCUGUUGAUUCGGUGUCAUUUGUUAGUUACGGAGUCUAUUGAAGUAAUGUGUCAUUUGUUACAACUGAGACUAUAGGAAUAAUGUGUC